AUGUGCAAUCUUCGUCUACAAAAACGUUUGGCGGCGGCGGUUCUCAAGUGUGGCAAAGGGAAGGUUUGGUUGGAUCCGAAUGAAGUCAACGAGAUUUCCGCUGCAAAUUCUCGUCAGAACGUUCGUCGUUUGGUCAAAGAUGGUCUUAUAAUUAAGAAGCCUGGCAAGAUUCACUCUCGUUUUCGAGCUCGUGAACGUUUGGAAGCACGCAGAAAGGGUCGUCAUAUGGGUUUUGGAAAACGACGCGGAACUCGAAAUGCUAGAAUGCCUGAGAAGGUCUUAUGGAUGCGUCGAAUGCGUGUGCUUCGCCAUCUUUUAAAGCGCUAUCGCGCUGCGAAGAAGAUUGACAAGCAUCUUUACCAUGAGCUUUACUUGAAGGCUAAAGGAAACGCAUUUAAGAACAAGCGCAACCUUAUGGAAUAUAUCUUCAAAAAGAAGACUGAGAACCAGCGUUCUAAACAACUUGCUGAACAAGCUGAGGCUCGCCGAAACAAGAACAAGGAGACGAGGAAGAGGCGUGAAGAACGUUUGAUUGCGAAGCGCAAAGAGUUGCUCAAUAAACUUACUGAAGGUGAGAAGAAGGAAGAGACACCGCAGCAAUGAUUUUUUGUUUUUGGAUUUUAUAUCUUUAGUUUGUUGAUCUGAA